UGAUAUUUCUUUUGAACUCAGUUUCUCUCCCUCUCUCUCUCCUCAUUUUACACAAGUGAAAAAGGCGGUAAGAACAAACCCUACACCCUGAUAGAGAUGGACAUCGAUUCUCCGAAACCGGAAAUUCUUCAGAACCAAAUCAAGGACGAAGAUCUCUUCAAAGCAGCUGAGAAAGGAGACGCUUCGAUCUUCAAAGCUCUUUCUCAGGGGCAUCUUCACAGAGCUCUGUCGUUGAGAAACGACGACGGUCGUUCUCUCCUUCACGUCGCUGUCUCAUCUGGUCAUGCUGAGGUCGUGAGGACACUGUCAGCUGUUGAUGCAUUUAUUAGCGUAGUAAACAGUACAGAUGAAGAAGGUUGGGCACCGCUACAUUCUGCUGCUAGCAGUGGAAAUACUGAGAUUGUUGAGAUCUUGCUGAGCAGAGGAGCUGAUGUCAAUUUAAAAAAUAAUGGUGGUCGCACUGCUCUGCACUACGCUGCUAGCAAGGGAUGGUUGAAAAUAGCUGAAGUUCUGAUUUCUCAUGGUGCAAAAAUCAAUCUCAAGGACAAGGUUGGCUGCACACCAUUGCAUAGAGCAGCAAGCACAGGGAAUGCAGAGCUGUGUGAAAUGUUGAUUGAAGAAGGAGCAGAGGUUGAUGCUAUUGAUAAAACAGGUCAAACUCCUCUUAUGAAUGCAGUAAUAUGCCAUAACAAAGAGGUAUCUCUACUUUUGAUAAGGCAUGGAGCAGAUGUGGAUGUUGAAGAUAAGGAGGGAUAUACCGUGCUUGGUCGAGCUUCAGUUGAUUUCAGACCCUUGCUGAUUGAUGCUGCUAAAGCCAUGCUUGAAGGUUAAAUGGUUGAAUACUUCAUAAAUUAACAGAGCCAGCAAAACCAUCAUUCAUGUAUCAGGAAACAGGAAUCAUAGAAAGUGAGGUUCCUUGUAAAAAAUCUUGUUUCUGCUUCAACAAUGGUGAUUAGUAUUUUUGCUUUUAUCAUCCGGGGUAAAACUGUAACCAAAACCAAUGAUAAGCUCUACAAGUUUCGUGGAAGAGAAUGCAAAAGAAAGAAAGCAUAUAGAAGAGAAUUUAAUGGAUGGAAUGAUGACUGAA